CGGAGUAGAAUUCAGAAAUGGGCCGACCCGGUGAGAGGCAAUGACACAAAACCCUAAUAAGUAAGUAGAAAGACAUGAAAGCAGUUACAUUGGAUUGAAUCUCACACUCUCCACAGCACCAGCCGUGCUUCGGACUUCCAUCCCACUCUCCAGAUCGCAACUCUGCACCAGAAGGGGGACCGCCUUUUUCUUCAAUUUCCUUUAACUAUGGCUCCGCUGAUCCUGCAUGGUGGCAAAACAAACAAAAAUUCCUACAAGACACUUAUUGCAGCGGAGUACGUAGGCGUUCAAGUUGAGCUUGCUCCAAAUUUUGAGAUGGGUGUAUCCAAUAAAACUCCUGAAUUUCUCCAGAUGAAUCCUAUUGGCAAGGUUCCUGUCUUGGAAACACCCGAUGGUCCAGUGUUUGAGAGCAAUUCCAUUGCUCGCUAUGUUACCCGGCUCAAAGGUGACAACACUUUGUACGGUUCAUCUUUGAUUCAAUACGCCCAGAUUGAACAGUGGAUUGAUUUUGCAUCACUUGAGAUUGAUGCCAAUAUUAUUAAGUGGUAUGCCCCAAGAGUUGGACGAGGACCAUACCUUCCUCCGGCUGAGGAGGCUGCAAUUUCUGCACUAAAGAGAGCUUUGGGUGCUUUGAACACUCACCUCGCCUCCAAUACUUACCUGGUUGGGCAUUCUGUGACCCUGGCUGACAUCAUAUUGACAUGCAAUUUGUAUUUGGGUUUUGCAAACAUCCUUGUUAAGAGCUUCACCUCUGAGUUUCCUCAUGUUGAAAGAUAUUUUUGGACCUUGGUCAAUCAACCAAACUUCCGAAAGAUAUUUGGACAGGUCAAGCAGACUGACUCUGUUCCACCUCUUCAAUCUGCAAAGAAGCCUUCCCAGCCAAAGGAAACUAAGCCCAAGGCCAAAGAGGAGCCAAAGAAAGAGGCCAAAAAAGAGCCAGAAAAGCCCAAAGAAGCAGCAGAGGAAGAGGCACCUAAGCCUAAACCCAAGAAUCCCCUUGAUCUUCUCCCUCCAAGUCCAAUGAUACUGGAUGAGUGGAAAAGACUGUACUCCAACACUAAAACAAACUUCAGGGAGGUUGCUAUCAAAGGAUUUUGGGACAUGUAUGAUGCUGAGGGAUACUCUCUCUGGUUUUGUGAUUACAAAUACAAUGAUGAGAAUACUGUUUCUUUCGUGACAUUGAACAAGGUUGGUGGAUUUCUUCAGCGGAUGGAUUUGGCUCGCAAGUAUGCAUUUGGAAAGAUGCUAGUGAUUGGAUCAAAUCCACCGUUUAAGGUGAAGGGGCUGUGGCUUUUCCGUGGGCAAGAAAUCCCACAGUUUGUGAUUGAUGAAUGCUAUGACAUGGAACUUUACGAGUGGACGAAGGUUGACAUAUCUGAUGAAGUUCAAAAGGAGCGUGUCAAUCAGAUGAUAGAAGAUUUCGAACCUUUUGAGGGCGAGGCUCUUCUGGAUGCCAAGUGCUUUAAGUGAAAUUUAUUCCUUGUAAGAGGCUGCUGCUUUUGUCAUGUGUCUUCGUUUUUGGUAGGUUUCGGUUUCUUUCAUAUGUCUUUAACAGUGAAGAAGUGUUAGCCGUACGCACUUUAUUUGAGCCGCAUCGAAACUUCAUAAUAUUUAGUUUUUUACCUUAAUUUUAAUGAUAGCAAGACAAAUACGAGUGCCAUAUUUUUU